AAAGAACGAGUUUCCGUUGCUUGGACAAGCCCUGCGGAAGGUAGCGGUUGUGUACUAAUUAGAGCAACCAUUUUGGAAACACCGGACACUUGGUAUAUGGACGAUUCGAAUUUGGUUUUAAACAUUUGUCAAGAUACAAAAGCAAAAGCCGAUGAUCAGGGUCCGGUUCUUGAAAAAUGUUGUGCUUGUGACGAGGCCAAGUAUGAAGUUACAUUCGAAGGGCUUUGGUCUAGAAAUACACACCCGAAGGAUUUUCCAAGCAAAGGUUGGCUUAUAAGAUUUUCUGACGUGAUCGGUGCAUCUCACACUGUCGAUUACCGAUUUUGGGAAUACAAUGGAUACGCAAGUAUAGGUUUAAAACAAGUUGCCGAGCUUGGAUCAACUAGAAGAUUGGAAUCCGAAUUAAAAAAUCAAAGUGAACAUAUCAGGACAAUAAUAAAAGCACGAGGAAUCAGUUAUCCUAACGUAACCGGUAGAACUUUUGCCGUAUUUCGUGUAGAUCGCAAACAUCAUUUGAUGUCUUUGAUUUCGAUGAUCGAUCCAUCACCCGAUUGGUUAGUUGGUGUAUCUGGAUUGGAAUUAUGUUUGCCAGAUUGUACAUGGAUCGAGCAUAAAGAAUUAAAUUUGUAUCCGUACGAUGCAGGAACCGACGAUGGUAUAACAUAUCUAUCUCCAAAUUCACCGACAGAACCACAGGAAUCCAUUCGACGUAUUACUUCGACUUAUCCGAAUGAUUCGAGGUCACCGUUUUAUGAUCCAUCUGGUUUGGAUAUGAAACCAUUAGCAAAACUUUAUUUGAAUCGUCAAAGAUUGUACGAGAAAACUUGUAACAAAACUACGACCGAGUCUACGGAACAAGGUUUUACAAAUAUUAAACCUCGUCAUUAUAAAAAUAAAGCAUGCAGAGUAAGUUCUUGGAGUGGUUGGAGCGAAUGUUCAGUAACAUGUGGUAGAGGUAGUAAACUAAGACAACGACAGUAUCACAACAUAACUGCUGCUGUAAUUAACAAAUGUAACGUACUGUUAACGAGUAGGAUAAAUUGUUACGAAGAAGAAUGUGGAAAUAAUGGUCACAAUUCUGGUAUUCUGGGUAGUGAAAAGUGUACUUUAACCGAAUGGAGUGAAUGGAGUUCUUGUACAGCAACUUGUGGUCCUGCAGUAAGGGCACGUUCACGUAAUUUCCUACACAAACAGCAUAGAAAACAAUGCAAUUAUGAACAAAAUGGUCCGGAACUUGAACAGAAUAUCGAAUGUGAUAAUGAAUCUUGUACAGAUGAAGAUCAGGAUGAGGUAAGAAAUUCUUCAGUGAAUGAGGAAAACGACAAGGUCAUGGAAGGAAACGAUAACAAUAUGUCUUACGAGGGUGAUGAAGCGGAUGUCGAGGUAAACGAGGAAUGGUUGCAGAAGUGUCCACCCGAACAUUACACGCAGUGGUCGGUGUGGACCCCAUGCAGUUCCAGUUGUGGAAUAGGUAUGCAAUUGAGAACGAGAAAUUAUAAAGAAAAUUUUAAUCGUAUGGGAGAAGAUAAUCCGAAUAUAGAGGAAUGCAAACAACAACAAGCAUCCUGCAUGGCCGACAGGAAAUUUUGUGAUUUUUCUCGUGAGGAAGCUGCACAAGUAUGCAGCGAACCGAAAAUAGAAGGAAAUUGUUCGGAACAUAUAUUACGUGUUUAUUUCAACAAAUACGACGGACAGUGUCAUCAUUUUAAAUAUACAGGAUGCGGUGGAAAUAGAAAUAAUUUUCCAACCAAGGAAUAUUGUUACACAGUUUGUGGAAAUUAUCAAAGAGAAUUAAAAGCCAACUUGUCGGCUCUUAUGAAAAAUUUUAAGGUAUCCCUCAGCAGUGUGCUCAGCUAUCAUAUACCUGUACAAGAACAACACAGGAGAAAGACAAAACGAGCACAGUUUGAUGAAACCUCGGAAUCUUUAUUAGAGUUCAAAGGUCUUCAAUCUGGAAGUCAAGUGGUAGAAUCGUCAGAAGAAAACAGUCAACGAAUAGAUUGCAGUGUAUCAGAAUGGAGCGCAUGGUCACCAUGUAUUAGAUGUCGUGGUUUUACAUUUAGCACGCGGAAGAUUUUUAUGUCGGCUAAAGGCGGAGGUAAAAGUUGUCCGAAAAAAUUGCUACGGAAAAGAAAAUGUCGUAAAGUACCGCCUUGUUCAGAAAAAAUUAAUAGAAGAGUAAACGAAAGUAAGUAUAAUUUUCAGUAGAUUGUAAAGUACAAUCUUGCUCGAUAAUGAAGUUCCUUUGGAACUUGGGGAAUUACGUCGGAUUAUAGAAUAAGAAAUAUCGAAGUUCAACCUCUCGUGGUCCAAAUGGUAGACUUUGUUCUACAAUUGUAGAAUUUAGAAAUUGUACGACAUUAGAAUGUCCGUAAUAAAUCUUUUCACUCAGUUAUAUGUGGAACUGUUCAAA